CCAUUCCAGAAUGUUCUAGAAUCCCCAACUGUUCUGGAACAUGCUCCAAUCUCCAGGCAAAGAGUUGGAACUAGGAUCAUAGCAUUCAGAGGCCUUCACAGCCUCAGUGGGGCAGGCACCCGUCUGCCACCUGCCAGCAGGCCUCAUGUGGAUGCUGGCCUUAGGUGGAGUUUUCUUGGCGACAGCCCAGGCCUGUGUCCUCUGCCACCUCCCAGACCGUGACUUGGCGGGCCGCCUGGCUAAACUCUGCAGCCGAGUAGAGGCACGGUGGAAGGACUGUAGGGCCUCCUGGAGCUUCCCCGCCUUUGCCUUGGAUGAGACGUCCAUGAACAAUGUCAUAGAGAAGACUCACAGAGUUCUGAGGGUCAUGGAGAUCAAAGGGUCUCUCUCCUCCCUCCCUUUGUAUCGGCAUUGGCUGCAAAACACCAAGCUCCCCGCCUACACCAGGGAAGCUCUCUGCGCGCCUGCCUGCCGGGGCAGCACCGUCGUGUACAACUGCUCCACCUGCCAGGAACUCGACGUCUGCUGCUGGCCCCGAAAGCGCUGCCUCCCAGGAAGUCACGAUCUCUGGGAAGCCAGGGUUCUGCUCCUCGCUCUCCUGGUGGCUGCCUUCCUGCUGGGUGUUCUGAGCCUCAUGGUGGAGUCCAGUUACUUGGAAGAAAAAAGGACGAGUGAAGGUUUCUAUGGCCUCCCAGCCUCCAGUUCUAAAGACCAUGAACCCACAACCUCCACUUCCCUCCGAGGGGAUCAGCCAGCCCCUGAGUUCCACUCCCGGAGGUUCAGCCUUCCAGACCCGGAAGCCCAGACGUCCCCUUGAUCCCAGUGUCAGAGGGCCUCCCAGGACCCAGGCACCCCACUGGAAAUAUCCUCCCCUCCAGCCCUCAACUAAUCAGACAGGAGCAGCCAGCGGCUGGUUCCAGGAAAUUAUCUACAGAAGGAAAGAAUACCCUCCU